CCUCAGCUCCCAGCACUCGGCACCAUGCUCCGCCUGCAGAUCGCCUGCUGCUGCCUGCUGGCCACCGCCGCGCUGGCCAAGCCACAGGCCAAGUCAGCGGGGAAGGAACCCAAGCCGGUUGACUUCGAUGACACGACUAUUACCGCUGUACCGUUUGAUGAAAACGGUGUGAAGAACGAUGACCCCCAGCCGCUGCCUCGGAAACCCGACUAUGGUCGCGCCGCGACUGAAAGGACACUGGAGCCCGGCACACACCCCUAUUAUUCUCCCGGCUAUCAGAACAAUGCCAACUACCCAAACAACUACGACGAAAGUCUGAAAGUAAGGGGCAGUUCUGGCCAGGAGAUCAGCAUCAGCUGUGACCCGUUCCAACUCGAGUCCCACAGCAGCUGCUAUUGGGACUAUCUGUCCAUCAACGGCCAGAAGUUUUGUGGCACUAGAACGGUGCCUUCCAUCAAAGGCACGUUGCUGACCAUCGACUUCCACACAGACUACUCGGUGACUGACAAGGGCUUCUACUGUCGCAUCGUGGUGCCCGAGCCUGGCACUCAGACGACCCCGAGCCCCAGCACCGACUGCCAGUGCGGCGUCCGUCAGACCCGCGUGGUGGGCGGCACGGACGCCACCGCCGGCCAGUUCCCGUGGCAGGCCGGCAUCGUCAGCACCGGCAACACCCGCUCCUGGUGCGGCGGCAGCGUCAUCAACAACCGCUACGUGCUGACGGCGGCCCACUGCACCGACGGCAAAGACGCCAGCCAGAUCCAGGUGAUGCUGGGCGACCUGCGCAUUGGCACUACCGACACCGGCGAGCAGCGCUUCUCGGUCCAGCAGAUCAUCAACCACCCGCAGUACACGAGCGCCUCGGGCAGCGGCUGGGACUUCUCGCUGCUGAAGUUGGACCGCGAGAUCACCUUCAGCAACACCAUCUCGCCCGUCUGCCUGGCCGAGGCCGGCCAGACGUACGCCGACGUCACGGCCAUCGCCAGCGGCUACGGCCGUGUGGGCGCCGAAGAACCUCAGGCCACCACGCUACAGCAUGUUCAGCUGCCCGUCUGGAGCCAGAGCCGCUGCCAGGGUGUCUGGGGCACCACGCUCAAGAGCAACAUGAUCUGCGCCGGUGGCUACGCAGAGGGCGGCAGGUCGGUCUGCAUGGGCGACAGCGGCGGCCCGCUGGUGACCGAGGUCUCGGGACGGUUCCGUCUGAUCGGCGUCGUCUCGUUCGGCCGGCCGUGCGCCGUGGCCAACUGGCCCGACGUGUUCGCCCGCGUCACCGAGGCGCUGACUUGGAUUCAGUCGAACACGGCUGACGCCCAGUACUGCACGGCCUGAGACCAACUACUGCAGCGCCUGAGGCCAAGUGCUGAAGGGCCUUAGGCUGCAUAACGCCGUUGCUAGAGUGUCCGGGUCUUCUAGGUAUUGCAGUAUCUAAUUCCUGUAGAUGCUGCAGCGCUUGAGACCGCUUUUCUGGUACUCUUUUUAAUUUCAUUUUUCUAUGGUUUUGCGCCGGUUUGGCAGAGGCUGACCUGCUGCGUGUUUAAAGAGUGCUUUGGUCAUGGUUGAUCUUCUUCGCGCAAUAUGCUCUCUGUAAAUUGUAGGCUGAUAUGUUUUGUAUUACUCUUGUGUAAUAUUGGAAAUAUAACUUUGAAUUUCUGGU